GGACGAAUCCCAGUACAUUUUCACUACUAAACGACGCCGUCGCACCCUCCAAGCAACUAAAUGACCCACAACAACGGCGUCGUUUUCGGGGAUUGUCCUCCAUCACCUUCAACGACCUUGCGUCGGUGGAACGGACCCCUUUCUCCUUUCUUUCCCCAAAAAAAUCGAAGCGAAAACAGAUUAUUUAAUUUUAUUUUUUAAAAAAAGGUAAUCUGGAUUCGGUAUGUUUUAAAUUUCGAAUUUCGAAGGAACUGUGACGGAGGACCGCUCGAUUCGCUUCUUCGGAAUUCGUUCUCCGAAUGGAAAUUGCUUCGGCUCCUAUCAGUUCCUGCUCUAAGGAGCACCAGAAGAUCUACCAAGAAUGGUUCAAUCACGCCGAUUCUGACGGCGAUGGCCGCCUCACCGGAAAUGACGCCACCAAGUUCUUCUCCAUGUCCAGUCUAUCUCGACAGGAUCUCAAACAGGUCUGGGCGAUUGCAGACUCCAAACGGCAAGGGUUCCUUGGUUUCAAGGAGUUCAUAACUGCUAUGCAGCUAGUUUCCCUGGCACAAGCUGGGCAUACAAUUACAAACGACCUGCUAAGCAUCGAAAUUGACUUGCAAAAUUUACAACCUCCUGUUAUGGAGGGUCUGGAUGUUUUACUUGCUAAGAAAAAGCGUGUUGCUAAAAUAAGUGAUCCAGAUAUCAAUGGCAGUCCUAAAAAAGUGCAACCAUCACCUUCAGCUCAUUGGUUUUCUUCAAAGUCUUCAAAGAAGAUUCCUGCAGGUUCUGUUACAUCAAUAAUUGAUGGCUUGAAGAGAUUGUACAUUCAGAAGUUGAAGCCAUUGGAAGUUACAUAUCGUUUUAAUGAUUUUGUUUCCCCCUUAUUGACAAACAGUGAUUUUGAUGCCAAGCCCAUGGUAAUGCUUUUGGGUCAAUACUCAACUGGGAAAACAACAUUUAUCAAACAUCUUCUUAAAAGUAGUUAUCCAGGUGCUCACAUUGGACCUGAGCCUACCACUGACAGAUUUGUUGUUGUUAUGUCUGGACCUGAUGAAAGAAGUAUCCCAGGGAACACUAUUGCUGUUCAGGCAGACAUGCCAUUCAGUGGUCUCACUACUUUUGGAACCGCAUUUUUGUCAAAAUUUGAAUGCUCUCAAAUGCCACAUCCACUGUUGGAGCAUGUUACCUUCGUGGAUACCCCUGGAGUAUUAUCAGGAGAAAAACAACGAACACAACGGGCGUAUGAUUUCACUGGUGUAACAUCCUGGUUUGCUUCAAAAUGUGACCUCAUUUUGCUGCUGUUUGAUCCACAUAAGCUUGAUGUCAGCGAUGAAUUCAAGCGUGUGAUUUCAUCACUGCGUGGUCAUGAUGACAAGAUACGUGUGGUUCUAAAUAAGGCAGACCAAGUAGAUACCCAGCAACUAAUGAGGGUUUAUGGAGCAUUGAUGUGGUCGCUUGGAAAGGUCUUAAAUACUCCCGAGGUUAUGCGUGUUUAUAUUGGCUCAUUCAAUGACAAACCUGUAAAUGAAGCUGCUGUUGGUCCAAUCGGGAAAGACCUUUUUGAGAAAGAACAGGAGGACCUGCUUGCUGAUUUAAAAGAUAUACCGAAGAAGGCUUGUGAUCGUCGAAUCAAUGAGUUUGUAAAACGCGCAAGAGCUGCCAAAAUUCACGCUUACAUUAUCAGCCAUCUUAAAAAGGAGAUGCCUGCCAUGAUGGGCAAAGCCAAGACUCAACAAAGGCUCAUCGACAAUCUUGCAGAUGAAUUCACAAAGGUUCAGAAGGAGUUCCAUCUACCAGCGGGAGAUUUUCCAAAUGUGGAGCACUUCAAGGAAACAUUGGGGGGUUACAACAUUGACAAGUUCGAGAAAUUGAAGCCUAAAAUGAUACAGACUGUGGAUGACAUGCUGGGCUACGACAUUCCUGAGCUUUUGAAGAAUUUUAGAAAUCCUUACGACUAAGGAAAAUAUGGGUUACUGGCACAUAUAUCUACACAAUAUAUAAUAAUAAUAAUUAUAGGUAGUAGAGUUGAGAGAAUAGGGAGGGGAAGCGGCUGCUGUACAUGUUAUAGGAGCCUUUUGUAUAGGUUAUAUCUCUUUUAUUUUAGCUACUUCGAAAUUUUAUAAUUGUUAUUUGAUUACUAUUUUCAGACUUUCCCCUGUAAUCCAAAAAUUACCAUUAUCGAUUUUUAUAGAUAGAAGUAGGAUGUUUUUGUUAGAGUA